AUGGCACAAGACAACGGCCCUCAAGCCCCCGAUGCGUUGAUCAAGAGUGUCACAGAGUAUGUCAAGGAAUACAUGUCGCACUAUGACGGCUCACACGACUUCAACCACAUAAGACGGGUGCAGGCCCUGGCGCAUACCAUACUCGCUUCGGAGCGCGAGAGGACCGGCCGGGCGUACGACGAGACGCUCGUGACGCUCGGCGCGCUGUUGCACGACGUCGGCGACAAAAAGUACCUGCAGCCGGGGCAGGACGCGACGACGCUGAUCCGGGAGGCGCUGCUCGCCAGGGGCGCAGACGAGAACCUCGCGUCCCGCGUGCAGGACCUGGCCCUCCACGUCUCCUUCUCCAGCGAGAAAAAGGAUCCGCAAAAGGUGCUGGACAAGAUCGCCGAGCUGCCCGAGCUCGCCGUCGUUCAGGACGCAGACAGGCUGGACGCCAUCGGCGCCGUGGGCGUCGCUCGGUGCAUGGCGUUCACGGGGGCCAAGGGUGGAACUCUGGAGAAUGCCAUCGAGCACUUUGUGGAGAAGUUGGAGCUGCUGGAGGGGAUGAUGAAGACAGAAACUGGGAGGGAUAUGGCUCGCGUGAGGACACUGCGGCUCAAGGAGUUCAGAGGAUGGUGGGAAGACGAGGUUCGGCUGGUAGGAAGUAGCUAG